UAAAGGUUGUCUUUUAAAUGUCGAGUUGUAGCUUGCUUAUCCCGGUUCAGUUGAAUCGUUUUUCGCUGUAGUGGAAGGAUCCAUUUUCCAAGCAAGGUGUCGACAUAUUAGCUUAAAACAUAUUUUUCAGUGACCAUUCAUCUUAUUUAAUGGAUAUUUAAUACAAAUACCAUUUAAUCAAAUUUAUAGCAAAAACACAACAAAGGGUUCUGAAUUUCCUGGUUGUUAAUGAAUCUUGAAAUCAUUUAAAAGUACUUUUGACCCGAAGAAUGUUUCCAUUAAUACAUCAUCUUCAAAACUGUGAAACUAAGAUGUCGGAAGGAAAAAUUAUCACAUUUUUCCUUUUGAAUAAUGACUGGAUGGUCUUCACUGACCAGAAAGAUCGUGACAAGAAUACUCCAGUAAGUGUUUUUAGCCAAAGAACUGGAUUUGAAUUUGAGCUUCCUGCUUCAUAUAAUCAGUGGAUUUCCAUGGAAAGUGUUGAGAAUGGUUUACAGCUUAUUUUGAAAGAUGAUCAAAAUACUAAAGAUAAUGCUUUAAAUUGUUUUGAGAGUGAUUGGCGAGCUGUUCUAGAAAGAUAUUUAUUUGCUUCAGAAGAUUCCUUCUUGCCAGACAUCGCUCUAGAAGUGGGGCCUGAAAAAACUCUAUUUCAUGUUCACAAGUUCAUUCUUGCCUUAGGCUGUGAUGUCUUUAAAGCUAUGUUUUAUGGACCUCUUGCCGAAAAAGGCGAAAAAGUUUGCAUUCCAGAUGUCUCGCCUGCAGGUUUUAAAAUUGUUUUGAGGUACUUUUAUGGAGCUCUUAUUCAUUUGACAGAUGAAGAUGAAGCUAUGAAUACUUGGAUUGUUGCUGAUAAAUAUUGCGUUGAAGAAUUAAAAGAGGAAUGUGGGAACUUUUUCCGCUGUUGCCCUAUAACCGGAAAAAAUAUUUGGAAACUCUACGAAACUGCUCUUUUUUUUAAUUUGGAGCAAUUAAUUGACUGUUGUAAAAAAUUUAUGCGGAGGUAUACUGAAACAUCACUUUGUGGUGAAGGUUUUCUGAAUGCAAAACUUGAGACUAUUCAAGAGCUCUUCAAUUUGCCAGUUAUACGUGUUAGUGAAUUGUUUCUGAUGGAAAGUUUGGUACAUUGGGGCAUGAACCAAGUUCAAAUUGGAGUGGCCCUUUCACUUAGAGAUGCUCUAAAACCUCUCUUGCCACAUUUUCGUUUUGGUGCCCUGACACCAGAAGAGUUUUGUAGAUUCUUGGAUAAUAGUGCUGAUUUGCUGGAUACGUCAGAUGCUUUGGAUAUCUUGAAGCAUGUAACAAAGCCCUGCACAUGUCCUCUUCCUGAAUGGUGUAGCGGAAUGAAGUGGUCUAGAGCUGAUAACUUAUCUGAACGCUCAUUUACUCAGUAUCAAUGUAUAAACAAAUAUAUAGGACAUAAAAAGGAAAAGACGAAAAAGCUUGAAAGACAGCUUGAGAUGAAUCUGCGUAAAAUAAAAUUCAGCCAUUUCUUUGUGUAACAACUAUCUCUUUUUGAUUGUGAUUUUUACUAUCAUCGAGUUAGUAAAAGUUUAUAUAAGUCUUAAAUUAUAUUUAUUUAAUUUUGCUGAGAAGAAUUUUUUUUUUAUAUAUAUACAUAUAAUUCCUAAGAAAUGUAAUUAAAUUUUAUUUUGCAUAGUCUCUAAGAUGUUUUUAAAUUCAACUAAACUUCUAAUUUAAUUUGCCUAUUUUUUUUAAUGCUUGAAGAAUUUAAAGAUUUUAUUUUUCUUUGCAUAUACUUUUUAAAAUGCGAUAUGUGUUUCUUUUUAAAAUUUUGAUACAUUAAAAGAAAAAAAAUUUUAAGAACUAAAUACAGAUUUUCAGAAAUAAAAAUUUAACUAUAAAAGGCAAUGUAAUUUUUAUCAAAAUAAAAUGUAUUGUAUUUAUUGUAGUUGUGCUGUUAAAUAUCUAAAGUAAAUCAAAUUUCUUAAAUAUAUCUUGGAAAAAUCCGUAAGAUCUGUUUAUUUUAACUGAUGAAAGGAAACAACAUAUUUUAUCACUGGAUUGUAUAAAUUAACUUGAAAUUUAAGUUUUCUUUUUUGUUAUAUUGUAUUAAAGUUUUAAAAUUACAUAAAUAUUCUUUUAAGAGCCUCCGGAUACACAAUAUAAUUUGAUAAAUAUUUGGAUAUACCACAUGUAUCCAAGAAAUGUCUCAAUUAAUUAUGUAUUAAUUAUUUUAUUAAUGUUUGGAAAUACAUUUAAGGGCACAAUUUCUGUCUAUUUUUUUUUUUUUUUUUUCCCUGGAGGGCUUCAAAUAGUUUCUUAAAAAUAAAUCUGUUAGAAAUUUAAAAAUAUAUUUGCUAAUUUUUAAAUUGCAUUCCGUUAACCUUGUAACUGUUGGCAAAAUCUUGUGUGAUUUGUGCAACAAUACCAUCUGAUCCUGCAAAUACAGAGUUUUGUCAUUUUCCUAUAACGCUUAUUUCCUUUAUUAUGAGAUAUUAGCAUAUCAUGUUAAACCCCCUACUCAGAGCCAAUUUCUUGUAUUCCAAAGCAGUGGAUAUGGUUAACAACAUAUUACAAAAUAAAGCAUUUUAUGAAGAUAUAUAUGUGCUUAUUAUAUACCUGUAAUCAAUAAUAAAUUUCCCAAUGUAUAUGUGCAAAUCGAAAGCAUUUAAGAUUAAAGAAAAAAUUCUUAUAUGGCAAGCAGGCAGACCAAGACAGUUAAGAUAAAAAUUGAAACUAGUUCUCUAUAUAUGCUCUUGAUUAUGUCUUAAUUUUUUUUUCUUUAAUCAAAAUGGAUAAGUCCCUAAAAUAUUAUAAUUUUUCUAAGAUGUUUAAAAUCAAAUGGCUGUAUAUAAAUAUAAUUUGAAACUGUUUAUGAUCUUUAUAUAAAAAUGUGUAAUUUUGAAUGCUGUUAUAUUUUAUGUUGUCUCUUUUAUUCUUUCGAGUUGAUUCAUUUUUUUUUAUUAGCAAAUUUGAAAGAUUUUAAAAGCAUAUAUUGUUGUUACUGAAAUUUUAUUGCUGAAACUUAAAAAUGAUAUAAUUAUGUUAAAAACCCUUUGUACAAUUUAUAGAAUUUUAUCUAAGCAAUUUUAAAGAUGUUUGUGAAUAACUUUUUUUAUGAUUUUAUUAUUUAUUUGAACACUGAAUGUUUCUAAAAUGAUUUUUAAAUUUAUCUAUUUCUUUUUGCAUGUGACUUUUUUAGUUUUGCAUGAACAUAUGUUAAGAAUUUCAAACUAAAAAUCCAUUGAAAUUUUGUUCAUCAAUUGUUAGUGAUAAUUCAUAUUUCUGGUAUUCAUUUUAUUGAUAUCCAGAAAUUUAUAUGGAUAUAGUGUCUUGUAAAUAUUUUAUGUGUAGAGUUAGAAUAAUGUUCUUUUAUUGUUUAGAAUUGCAUAUAUAUUAAAAAGCUCGCAUUUUUAAAAGCAUUUAGUAUUUGUAGUGCUAUUGUAUCAUAAAUUGGAACUGUAUUUUGUAAUGGUCAAUUUCUUAUUUUUGAUUUGAUUAAUUGAUGGUAUUCAGUGUUUUUUUCUCUAAUUCAUACAAAUUUGAGCUGCCUUUUUCUUACUAAAUUUUGUGUGUAAGAUAUUGAAAUGUGAAUUGUUGUAUUAUUAUAACUAUGUAAAAAAAUGAGGAAUAAAUGGUUUUAUUCCUUGUUUUUGUUUCUCAACCUGUGUUAAAAUUCACUUAUCUUUAUUUUUAAUAUGUACUAUAAUUGAUUUUGAAGAAACAGUUUUUUUUUUGAAAAACAUUAAAAGGAAUAAUGUUAGAAAAAUAUUAUUUUUCAAAAUUUCUCAAAUUGUACUACAAUAAAUUUGAAUUAUGGAAUAUUUUUUUCUUCAUUUUGCUAACCAAUUUCGGAACAUUGCAAAACAGGGCACACUCUCAGUUUUGAAGGGAGCAAGUGGAUAAUAUCUUUAAAGAAUAGACUUCAUCUUUAAUUUUUUUUAUAUUCUCCAGGAAUUAAAGUCGCUGCUUUUCACCGAUAAAUACUUCUUGUGGCUUUACCUUCAAAAAGUAACAUAUGAACUAUCAACAACAAUAUAUAUUUAUGCAUGCUCUUUUCAUUUUUGAGAGAUUUGGAAAUUGUAGAAAUGUUGGAAUGAUUGAUUUAAUAACAUGCAGACAAAGUA